AUGUCAGAAGCCUUAGCAGAAGCUUCAAGCCCCAAGCGACCGGGAGCCGUGUUACAAAAUCCCCGACCGCGCAGCGACCAUGACAGCGACACAGAUACCCGCGAGGCGCUGGAACUGCGCGAAAUUCAAACGCACGAGGAUGACCAGUUAGAAGAAUCAGCGCAGUCAAAUUCAUCAGGCGACGAAUACCGUGUCGUAACUCGGCGCACGACAUCACGCGCUGCCGCAGCUCGUGUUGAGUCUCGGCGGCGCCGUCUCGCGAGGAAGGGGGCUUGGGGGAAAUUUGCGAGGUUUUGGACUCAUCAUGUCACCUUGACGGUGCCGCACAAGAGCAAUCGCGAUUAUUUUGCUCUGGAGCGGACAUUUCUGGCUUAUAUUCGGACUUCGUUGGUUAUCACCCAACAGGGGGUGCUUAUCGCACAGCUAUUCCGCCUCACGGCGGCGGAGGCUUUGGCGGAUCGCUUAGGUUUCUAUCGUGUUGGCGUUCCGCUUUCUGUUACUUGUCACUGCGUGGCUAUUGUUGUCGCUCUGGUUGGUGCUUUUCGUUUCUGGAGACAACAGAACGCCAUCGCUCGGGGCAAGAUACAUGCUGGUGGGUGGGAACUAAACUCUGUAGGCAUUCUUUUGGGCUGUAUUGUUUUGACCAUGCUAAUUGUUUGUGUCGCCAUUGUUGUUGAGGAUGAAUCCGAUCCAUCGAUCUUAGAAGUUGAACCCCCUCUACAAGUCCCCCUUGACAACAUGUCCACUCUCAACGAAGUAAUGGCAUCAAGGCACCGCGUAUCAGUCUACCACGUUUAUCACAAAGGCGAAGAGCACGUCUCCAUAACACCUUUCAUCAAUUCACGCAAAGAUCUUGGCUGCACGAAAAAGGAACAUAAAAAAAUGGCAAGGAAACAAGGCGCUGAACCAGACCAACACGAUCCAAACAGCUACUUCGUCCACAAACCAUGUCUAGCCUUCCAUGACGCUCCGCGAACUCUCCGUCGUGGAAAUUUCAAGCGUGGACCCCCAGUCUGUAUCAUGAAUUGUGGCGCCUUUUGGAGAAAUUGGAAUAUCCAGUUUGGACCUGAUCUGAGAGACAUCAUUGAUCCGCGGGGCGUGGUUAAAUGGGAACAUCGCAGCAAUCCCAGUAACAUCACUCUCAAUGGUGAUCGUGCGCUCAAGGGAUAUAAAGUUCGCACGUGGCGACUAUGGGGCAACACUGGAAAGGAGUAUCAUCGUCAGGUGAAUUAUUGUCGCAAAGCUAAGAAGCAGAAAGCUUUGGAGAAGAAUAAAGAGCCAGAGGUCGUUGAAAUUGAUCCUAUAAGGUGUGACGAUACCACUUUGAGUGAGAAGCGUCCGGGUCAUUCGAAAGCACAGGUGUUGAAUUCGACAUUGGAAGACCCUAUACUACAGCCUGCUGUCGCCGAAGAGGCAGUACGGCUUGUCUGGGGCUCUCCGUUAUCCCUUUCUCCUCGACAAUACAGUUUCAAAUAUGCUGGUAUCACAUUCGUCUGGGAAGGAACACGAGAGAUUCAGCCUGACAGAAAAUGGACGAGGCGACUUAUGCCGUUUCAUCAUCUAAGGCUACUUGCUAGGCUACCAGGUCGUGAGAACGAGCCUCUCUUGAUUGCACAGUACACAUCCAGCUUUGCAUAUCGGAAAUUCGGCGAGCUUUGGGUCUUUGAUUCAGUCUUAUCUGAUAUUCUCAAGGAGACGGGCGACUCUUCUCUGUGGAGCAAGAGAAAUGAUGAGAAUGAGAUCUUUCAGUUGGAUCCGGACAAUAAUAUCAGAGAAACGAGGCUUUUUGAUGUAGUGAUGGCUACGGCUAUGUGCAUGAUUAUCAGCGAGUGGCAGAAGCGGAUGGUCCUACUCAUGAUUCUAGCCAUAGCUGGCGAGGGAGGUAGUUGA